UACAAUCAACCACCACAGAGUCAGUAUGGCAGACCUGCGAACUCGAAUUCCUAUAAUAACGGCAACCAAAACCACCCGCCGCCACCUCCCCCUGGCCCGCAACAGUUCGGUCAAGGCGCCCCUCAGGGAUACGCUUUCCAGUACAGUAACUGCACGGGCAGGAGGAAAGCCCUGCUCGUUGGUAUCAACUACUUUGGCCAGCGCGGUCAACUCAGAGGAUGCAUCAAUGAUGUCCGAAACAUGUCGGGCUACCUCGUCGAGCACUUCGGAUACAAGCGCGAAGACAUGGUGAUCCUCACCGACGACCAACAGAACCCCAUGAGCCAGCCCACGAAACAAAACAUUCUGCGCGCAAUGCAUUGGCUGGUGAAAGAUGCCCGGUCAAACGAUUCACUGUUUUUCCACUACUCUGGUCAUGGCGGUCAAACGAAAGACCUGGAUGGCGAUGAACCCGACGGCUACGACGAGGUCAUCUAUCCUGUAGACUUCCGGUCUGUGGGGCACAUCACCGACGACGAGAUGCACAGAAUCAUGGUGAAACCUCUACCGUGCGGAGUACGGUUAACGGCCAUCUUCGAUUCUUGCCAUUCGGGCACUGCUCUCGAUCUACCCUACAUCUAUUCCACCCAGGGCAUGCUCAAGGAGCCCAACUUGGCCAAAGAGGCUGGUCAAGGUCUUCUCGGUGUUAUUUCCUCCUACAGUCAAGGUGAUCUCGGCGGUGUUGCCAAGGGGGUCAUGGGCUUUUUCAAAAAGGCCACAAGUGGCGAGGAUGCACACAAUAAAGCUAUGGCCACGAAGACAUCUGCCGCCGACGUUAUUAUGUUCUCUGGGAGUAAAGACGACCAAACAUCGUUCGUAUUCCCUUCCAUUUUUAUUUCAUCAUAUUGAUAGGCUUCCCCCGGUUUUUCUUUUGUGUUGCUCUCUGGUCAUGGGCAAGAUAGACUUGUGGUGACGCUAGUCACUCACCGCGAAUUCCUCGCAUACGGACAAGUAUAUAAAUAUUCUUUUCAGGAAAGGGUUUGGGUUGACUACUCAAAAGUCUCACAUAUGAGAACAUGAGGAGGCGUUAGAGCAGGAAAAGGAGUUUCGGGUACCAAAACUAUUUGUACAUAUGGUGGACUGUUAUAUUUUGCUUUGUUUCCUUUCAAGCUCUAGACUAAAGCACAACUCUUUACG